GGAAACAAUGUCUUUAAGCAACGAAGAAGACGUAUCGAGAAACUUUGGAUGUAACAUAUGUCUUGAAAUGGCGAGAGAACCGAUCGUGACACUAUGUGGUCAUUUGUUUUGUUGGCCUUGUCUCUACAAAUGGAUCCAUUUCCAUUCCCAAUCUAAUCACUGCCCUGUUUGCAAAGCUCUCGUCAAGGAAGACAGUUUGGUUCCUUUGUAUGGAUCUGGUAAACCAUCUUCUGAUCCGAGAUCCAAACCUGCUACAACAAUCCCUGAUCGACCAUCAGCACCUGCUGCACCUAGGCUUGAAACAGCUCGUCCUCGUGUCCGACAAAGGCAUCAUCAUCAUCAUGAGUCUAGUUUCUUUGGAGGGUUUGGUUCGAUUCCAGGUGGAGCACGGUUUGGGAACUUCUUGUUGUAGUGGAAGUACGUGUCUUACUGAAUCCGAGUAGUCACGGUGCAGUGCCCUUCUGUUUUCCGACAAUGUUUUUAAAACUAUACAUUGGCUACAAAUUUUGUUUUUAGCUCCAUUGUCUACAUGUUUUAUAUUCUGUUCUCGUUUAAUAAAAGAUUUG